ACUUCAAAGAGUCACAAAUCACCCUUAAUCAAAAAGGGUGCAGAAAUUUUUUUUGGGCCCUCCCCGCCAUGAGCUCCUACGUAGCCAAUUCAUUCUAUAAGCAGAGCCCCAAUAUCCCUUCCUAUAACAUGCAAACUUGUGGGAACUAUGGAUCGGCCUCAGAGGUGCAGGCAUCCAGGUACUGCUACGGUGGAUUGGACUUAAGCAUCACUUUCCCACCGCCUGCGCCUUCCAACUCUCUCCACGGGGUAGACAUGGCUGCCAGCCCCCGGGCUCACCCCGAACGCCCCGCCUGCAGCGCCACGGCCGCUCCGGGACGCGCUCUGGGCAGAGACGAAGCGGCUUCUCUGAACCCCGGGAUGUACAGCCAGAAGGCGGCCCGCCCGGCGCUGGAAGAGCGAGCUGCGAGCGCUGGGCAGAUCAAAGAGGAGCAGGCGCAGCCUGGGCAGCCCGCAGCGCGGAGCCAGCCGCCGGCCCCGCCACAGAUUUACCCGUGGAUGACCAAACUGCACAUGAGCCACGAGACGGACGGCAAGCGGUCGCGAACCAGUUACACGCGCUACCAGACCCUGGAACUCGAGAAAGAAUUCCACUUUAACCGCUACCUCACUCGCCGCAGGCGCAUCGAGAUCGCCAACAACUUGUGUCUCAACGAGAGACAAAUCAAGAUUUGGUUCCAAAACCGAAGGAUGAAGUGGAAGAAAGAUUCCAAGAUGAAAAGCAAAGAGGCGCUUUAGAGGCAGCGGGACGAUCCCCCGCAAGCCGGCGGUGCUCCCCGCGUCUCUCCUGACUUCCCUUCUCCGUUUUCUUCUCUUUCUGUAUUUUGGGGCCAGGGGAGGGGUGGGGGGCUCUCAGACAAAAAAAAAAAAAUGCUCUUUCCUUCGGCAUCCGCAUUCCCACCGACC